GUGGAACCUCAGAACCCGGCUACUCGGGGCCGGCGCGCGUCUCCGGGCGCGGGGUUCCUCCCACGCAGCCUCCCAUUCAAAAGAUGCCAAAGGGGCGGCGCGGCAGCCAGAGCCCCACGAUGAGCCAGCGGCCGGCCGCGCCCCUCUACUUUCCAUCCCUCUACGACCGCGGCAUCUCCUCUUCGCCGCUCAGCGACUUCAACAUCUGGAAGAAGCUCUUCGUGCCCCUGAAAGCUGGCGGGGCGCCGGCGGGCGGGGCAGCCGGGGUCCGCGCUCUGCCCCUGGCGCCCCCGGCCCCGGCCCCGGCCCCCCCGCCGCCGCCGCCCGGCUUGGGCCCCCCCAGCGAGCGCCCCUGUCCCCCGCCCUGGCCGGCCGGCCUGGCGUCCAUCCCCUACGAGCCUCUGCGCUUCUUCUACUCGCCGCCGCCGGGCCCCGAGGUGGCUGCUGCGCCCCUGGCCGCCAGCCCCGCGGCCGCCCGACUCGCCUCCGGCUCCCACCCGGAGGAGCUGUGCGAGCUGGAGAUCCGGAUCAAGGAGCUGGAGCUGCUCACCAUCACUGGGGACGGCUUCGACUCUCAGCGCUAUAAGUUCUUGAAGGCACUGAAAGAUGAAAAGUUACAAGGACUGAAGACCAGACAGCCUGGAAAGAAGUCGGCCUCUCUGUCCUGAGGAGCUGCCCGCAAGAGGCUGGGCAGCCCCCUCCUUAGGUGUUAGUGUUUAGAUAAUGUGCCCUGUUUGUUGUCAUUUCAAAGAAGGUUAUUUUCUGUUCUGUAUUUACUGCUGUUCUUAUUGCUCCCGGCACGUACUCCACAUACAGCGCCCACUUGGUGUGGUGAAUCUCAUGGUCUGUCUCCUCUCUGUGC